ACUCCUCUUUGCCUUUUAUGUUCGCACGAUUGAAAUCAACGAGGCGUCUUGGCCGAUCGGCCCCGUCUGUUGAUAUCGUUAUGUAUAUGCCGCGGCUCAGUUCGGUGUGUAGCGGGCUGUAAAACAAGCAUCCCCCAAAGAGCUUGACCCGCCUCAGGAACGGACGACAGUCGUGUGGGUGAGCGAAGCCGAAGCCAGGCUGCUCUGGGAAGUGAGGACGAGGCUGCUUGAGUCUACCAAGAACAACGCCGUUUCAUUAUUAAAGGGACCAGUCCAUCAAACCACAGAAUGGCAGUGGAUAUCUACGACUCUCCGUUCCUGAGCAUCCUGGUCCCAUUACUGGUUGUUGCCCUCCUCUUCAUCUUCUUCAUUCUCUUCACAAAGGAAACCUCCUACGAUGAGGUGCUGGCCCGUCAGAAACGUGACCUCAAGUUGCCACCAGCUAAGCCAGAAGCCCGCAAGAAGAAUGAAAAGAAGAAGAGUAAGAAGAAGGAGAGUGUGAGCGUGGCAGGUGGAGAAGGUGGCAGAGGGGAGUCAGAAGAGGACCAAAGAGACUUUGAGGCGGCUGAUGGUGCCCACAGCUCCACCCCGGAGUUGGUUGAGGAAUUAGAUCCAGUGGCCUCAGCAGCUCCUGUUCAAUCAGCACCUUCUCCCUGUGUGCCAGUUCCAGCAGCAACAGAGGCUUCUGCUUGUUUGAGGGAGAGAAAGAAGGAGAAGAAGAAAGCAGCAAAGGCUGCUGCUGCUUCUGCUGCUACUUCUUCUGCUUCUGCUGCUGCUGAUGCUGGAGCAACAUCUCCUCCCCCUGAGGAGCCAGAAGUAAAGAGCUCCAAGCUGGUAGGACACAAAGCACAGCCACCUCUAGUUUCUAGCAAACAGCCCAGACCACCUUCUCAACAGCUUGAGGUGCAGGUUCAAGUUACCCAGGUAGCUGCUGUUGGUCAGUCCCCACCACAGACUUAUAAGAAGAAAAAGAAGCUAAAGUUGGAGGCAGUGAAUAACCAGCAGCCUGAGCUCAUAAAAGUAGAGCAGGCACCAGUCAAGAAGGAAGCUCCUCAUGUGGCUGAAACCAAAGUUCUCUCCAAUGCAGUUCCAAGUGCUCCCGGUGGGAAGAAGGGCGGCAAGAAACAGAAGACUGAACCUGUUGAGGAGUCCCAUGUUCUGACUGACUCAGCAGCUUCUACCAACCACCAGGCAGCCCACAAUAAUGAUGUGCCUUCUAAAGGAAAGAAACAGAAGAAUGAGACAGACAGAGAUAAUAAAGUGAAGCUUAAGGAGCUGCUCUCAGGUCUGUCUUUGAUCACCUUGUCUAAAGCUGAGGCUGUCAGCUUGAUUGCUGUCCUCGAAGAGAAGAGCCCAAGUGCUGUGGAUGCCUGGCACAAAUCUGCUACUAAAUCUGAUCCGGCUGCUCAGGAACGAGGGCGUCUUCUAACCACUCUUCAGGAGGAGGCAUCCAUUGCCAAGGAUAAAGUCAAACAACUCAGCCAGGAGCUCCAGGUUUCGAAGCAGAAGGCGGGCCGGGUAGAAGCCAUGUUGCGAGAGCAGUGUACAGUAAUGGAGAAAGAACUGGGGAGCAUGCAGGCCAAAGCACAAGGAAGCUACCAGGAGCUCCAGGCCAUGCAGAUAAAGUUUCAACAGGUGAGGGAGCAGAUGGAAAGUCAGAUCACUCGACUGCAGCAGGAGAAUGGCAUCCUCCGGGAUGCAGUCAGCACAGCCACCAACCAGAUGGAGAGCAAGAAUACCGCCGAGAUGAACAAACUGCGUUCUGAUUACGCAGCGCUGAUGAUAGAGUUGGCAGACAACAACGCCAAGCUGCAGCAGGAGGCGCACCAGAGGAAGUCGCUGGAGGUCAGCUACAAGCAGAACGUGUCUCAGCUGGAGUCCCAACUACAAGAUGCUAAGCGACGCUGGGAAGAACUGCAAAACUUCCUCCAUAGUGUCACUGCUGAGCGAGAAAAACUUCAGGCCUCGAAGAAAGAGCUCCAUAGUCAGCUGCUGACAGUGGAGAGUGAGAUGAACAACAAAAAAAAAGAGCUUCAGACCCUCCAUAGCAGCCUGACAGAAGCCAUGGUCUCCAAGGAGAGACUGGAACAAAGAGUGAUGGAGCUGCUGGAGGUGUCCCAGCACAUCUCUGAGGAUUCCAUGCAGGCUCGUGCUGAGGAACUCAUGAAUGAAAACAAAGGUCUUCAGGCCCAAAAGGAAAUGCUCCAAGCACAAAAUGAGAACCUGCAUGCCCAGAUCUCAACACAGGCCAGCCACGUCUCCCAUAUUGAGGAGCUACAGAAGCUACUGGCUGACAAGGAGUUGCAGAGGAAGAGCUUGGAGGAUUCUUUGAAUGCUGAACGAAGCAGCGGAGCCAGUAGAGAAACUAAUAUGCAGGCCUUGCACAAUGACAACAUCUCGUUGAAGGCAGAGAUUCAGAAUCUCCGGGCACAGAUUUCUGAUCAGACUGCUUCCCAGCUGGCUUUGGACCAGAUCCAGAGGAGUGUCCAGGAAAAGGAGGAGAACAUGAAAACUGUAGAGAGCCUAUUAGAGAAAGGGCUGAUCGAAGUGGCCAACAAGGAGGAGGAACUAAAGACUGUGAGAGAGGAGAAUGAGGCGCUAAAGCAAGAAUUGGUGGGCCUUCAGGAAAAGUUGGCAGAUGGGGUAUCAUCAGUGUCAAUUGUGCAAGAACUGCAUAGCAAGAUUCAAGAGAGGGAUUUGAAGCUGAAGUCAAUGGAGGAUAGUCUGCAGGCAGCACAAGACAGCUACUCAGCCAAAGCAAAGACUGUUGAGGCUCUGGAGCAGCAGUUUGCUGCCCUGCAGGUAGAGAUGGAGCAGCUGAGACAGGAGCAGCCAUCAGAAGAGCUCACCAGAUUGGGUACCCAGCUCCAAGUACUCCAAGCUCAGCUUUCUGUAAAGGACCACGAGAUCCAGCACCUACAGAUGGAGCUGAGAGAGAAGUUGGAGAAGGCACAUCAACAGAGUGUUAGUGCAGUACCAAGCCAAGAGCUUCUAAUAGCGUUGUCCAAAAAGGAGAAGAAAGUUACGGAACUACAGAGUGAGCUGUGUGAGCUGAAGGAAUCUCUGGAGCUUCUCAGAAAGAAAAACAAUGAGCUCCGGGAGAAAAACUGGAGUGCAAUGGAAGCUCUGUCAGCCACCGAGUCCAUGCUUCAAGGAAAACUCAGCAAAGUUGCCAAGGACAACCAGGCAACACUGGCAUUGUCUGAGGCGGAGUGUCGCAAUUUUCUGCACAGACUUCUGCCCCACGUGCCUCUGCCCAACGAACAUAAUCAUCAGGAGUGGCUCUGCAAAUUUGAGAGAAAUGUCACUGAGAGUUCGGCUGCACAAUCUACCUCUGUAUCAGGGGAUCCCGAGGAACUUUCUGAGAAGCUGAAAGAAGCUGAGGAAGCCCAAAGGAUUCUGCAGGUUGACUGUGAGACGUAUAAGAAAGUUUUGGCAGAAACGGAGGGUAUCCUGCAGCGCCUCCAGAGCAGCGUGGAGCAGGAAGAGUCGAGAUGGAAAGUGAAGGUGGAGCUAUCGCAGGUUGAGCUGCGAGAGAUGAGCCAGAAAGUCACAACUCUGGAGCAGGAGAUUGAGAGAUUAAGUGAUGGAGCGGAGUUGGAAAAUUUGAGAAGAGAAAAGCACCACUUGGAGUCAGAGUUGGAGAGGGCAGAACGUGAGAGUGCCACGUAUGUGACAGAGGUCCGAGAGCUCAAAGAUCUGUUGACUGAAUUGCAGACCAGACUUGAUGGCUCGUAUACAGAAGCCAUCAGGCAGAAUGAGGAGCUCAAUUUGCUGAAAACACAGCUCACAGAGACGCUAUCCAAGCUGGAGGCAGAAGAGAACGAGAGGCAGCAGGUUGCAGGUGAUCUCUAUAAGGCCCAGCAAUCACUGGACUUGAUCCAAGGGGAGCUCUCCAAAGUGACGGACAACGCUGAUGGCUUGAUAGAGAACAGCAGUUUGUCUUCACAGAGAGAAGAGCUUGACCGAAAUGAAAAGAUGACUGCAGGACUGAACCAAAGAGUCUGGGAAUUGCAGCAGCUGCUACAAGGUGUCAGCCGACAACUCACCAAGGAUGCGGAGGCGGACAGAGAUGUGUUGAAGGUAUAGCACGAAGAAGAACGAUGCACAUGCAGCCAUCCGGACCGCACUACAGAGACAUCACUACCGUGUCACAUCCGCGCUGUCAAACAAGGGAACAGGCUGAGGUUUACUGUUAGUACCGAACACUCCACUGUCAUCAUGACUCCACGCCCACCACAUUCCUCUACGGCAGCAGAAUCACAAGUUAAUUUUCAUUCUAAUCUGGAUACUACAUCGAGCAUAAUCGACUCAAGUCUGUAUGGUUUCAAUUCAAUCUUUUUGAAUACUGCAUUAGUUACAUGUCUCACACACACACACACACACACACACACAUAAACAGGGCACUGUUAAAGAAACCCCAACUCCGCUAAGCAGUUUUUUUCAGUCUUUUUAUUUCUUAAAUUAAAUUUUUUUUAAUGUACUGCGUUAUGUCACAAUCUGUUUUCCUCCCCAUCGGCUCUGUAUCAUUCGACGCUCAUGAAUACAUAAAUGCAGCUCUAUGCGAGUCUUAACUCAUUUGGAGGGAGAUUAAGAAGCAUAUCAGUCACUGCAUGAGUGAGAUGGGGGAGAUGCAGGAGACACUCUAGCGUGGAAAGAGAAGACAAGCUCAACAAUGUACAGGUUUUAAUUGUAAGGACUCUAGGAAAGACUGUCCCAAAUCAUCGGUAAUCAACACUUGCUAUAUUGUUGCUAAGUUCAUUAACACUGAAGAGUUUGUUCUUUUUUUAACAGGUGAUGUUAAUAAAAGGGAUGCUUGAUAAAA